CAAGAAAAAAUGGUUUUGUCUUUGAAAAUAUAUGCCAUUUAAUAGCCGAAGAAUACGGUUUCGAAAAUUAUGAACCCAUAUACAUGGAUGCGUUUUGCAUCGAGGACAGUACGAUAUAUUUAUUCGAUAAGGAAAAAUAUAAUCUCGUUAAAACUGAAGAAAACCUACUCAUGUGCUCGUAUAAUGAAGUUAAAGGUUUCCAUUCGAAAGAAUUUGCAUUUAAGGCUAUAGGUAGAGGAGAAGAAGAAAACGACGUUAUGGAUUACGAAUUCCACGGUGGUAUUGCUACACCUUACGCCAAUCAUACUGGACUAUUGAAUAAAGUACACGUUAUUACAUUGGAACAACUUGAGAUGCUGAAAGGAAAAGAUUUCUGCACCUCGAAGAAGAACAGCGAUUUUUUGAGAUUUAUGUGCGAAAACAUAGCGCAGAAAAAUCAGAUCGCGGAUUACUCAGAAAUCCAGGUGGACAACGCGUGUCAACAAAAUAUUAAAACAUUCAUAUAUUCCAGAGCAAAACGUAAAAACGUCAAUAUUAGUCCUAAUCAAGAGUUACUCUUGUGCAAUUAUAUUCGUGACAACGUAACAUUUGCAUCCAGGGCUCUGGGUAGAGGAAAAAAGGAAAAUGACGUCAUGGAAUAUACAAUGGCUGGUGAUGUUGCUCAACCUCAGGUCAAUCGACCUGGUUUGUUGAGUGAAAUUCACGUUUUGACGUUACAGCAAUACAAGUUACUUGCGGGGGAAGAAUUCUGCACUACAAGAAAGAAUGAUGCUGAGGCGUUGAAAAACCUAUGCGUGAAAGUAGCAGAUGCGAAUGACUACGAAACGUACGUGAAGAAUGAGUUGAAUGCAACAUGUUGGAAAUCUAUUUUGACACUAUUUUCUGAGGAUGAGAAACAAUUGGUACAGAUCGAAGAAAAUUUACUCCAUUGUAUAUAUAUAAAAGAAAUCAAACCAGAAACAGAAAGUGGCGAGGUAGUUUUUAAGCAUUUUGCAUCGAAGGCUUUGGGCAAAGGAAAAGGAAAUAACGAUGUAAUGGAGUACGAUUCGUCGUACUCCAAUUACUCGUAUCUAAUGACGCGCGUGACGCCUUUUUCUAAUCGAGUAGAUUUUCUCAUAGAUAAACAAGUUAAGGAGUUUCAUUUAAUAAAAUCUUUACUUUAGCUCCGUAAAAAUAAGUAUUCGCUUUUAUGUACUAUUUUCUUAAAUUA